UCAAGACCCAAGUCUGAAUAUCCAAGAAGCCAAGGGAAACUGGGCGAAUCGGAAAUUUCUUUCUCACCAAAUGUCGGUUGAAUCUUAUGCCGAUUACGAUAUUCAGGGUCCGGAUAACCCGAUGGCAUACCAAUGA